AUGCCCCGAACCCUCGUCCUGCUGCUGUCGGGGACCCUGGCCGUGACCAAGACCUGGGCGGGCUCCCACUCCCUGAGGUAUUUCUCCACCGCCGUGUCCCGGCCCGGCCGCGGGGAGCCCCGCUUCGUCAUCGUCGGCUACGUGGACGACACGCAGUUCGUACGGUUCGAAAGCGACGCGGCGAGUCCGAGGAUGGAGCCGCGGGCGCCGUGGAUGGAGCAGGAGGGGCCGGAGUAUUGGGACCGAAACACCAGGAAGGCUAAGAACCACGCACAGACUUUCCGAGUGAACCUGCACACCCUGCGGGGCUACUACAACCAGAGCGAGGCCGUCCUGGGGUUCGGAGGCGGGGCCCCGGGCUUCGGGGCGGAGCUGACCGCGGGGGCGGGGCCGGGGCCAGGGCCCUGGUCUCACACCAUCCAGUGGACGUCUGCCUGCGACGUGGGGUCCGACGGGAACCUCCUCCGCGGGUACGAGCAGUUCGCUUACGACGGCGCGGAUUACAUCGCCCUGAACGAGGACCUGCGCUCCUGGACCGCGGCGGACACGGCGGCGCAGAUCACCCGGCGCAAGUGGGAGGCGGCCGGUGUGGCGGAGCAUGACAGGAACUACCUGGAGGGCACCUGCGUGGAGUGGCUCGGCAGGUACCUGGAGAACGGGAAGGAGACGCUGCAGCGUGCAGAACCCCCCAACACACAAGUGAGCCACCCCAUCUCUGAACAUGAUGUCACCCUGAGGUGCUGGGCCCUGGGCUUCUACCCUGCAGAGAUCACCCUGACCUGGCACCACAAUGGGGAGGACCUGACCCAGGACACAGAGCUUGUGGAGACCAGGCCUGCAGGGGAUGGGACCUUCCAGAAGUGGGAGGCUGUGGUGGUGCCUCCUGGACAGGAUACACGUGCCAUAGCCGCCUCCUCAGCCCACCAUCCCCAUCAUCUGGAUCGUUGCUGGUGUGGUUCUCCUUGCGGUCACUGUGGCCAUGACUGGAGCUGUGAUCUGGAGAAAGAGGCGCUGAGGAGGAAAAGGACCAGGUUACUCUCAUGCUGCAGGUGAUGACAGUGCCCAGGGCCCUGAUGUGUCUCUCACAGCUCCUAAAGGUGAGACCCCAGAGACCCUGAACUGGUCAGGGGUUGGGGCAUUAGGGACACUUUGAACAUCUGGAGAGCAGUUGAGAAUGUCAGCACUUAUGUGACUGACCUCAAUUUGUACAUGAUUUUUUUUUUCACAAUGUCAGACCAGUUGCCUCAUGGGACUGAGCAAUGCAAGAUUUGUUCACACUCCCACUUGGUGACAUCAACAACCCCUGACUUCUCUUUCUGCAAAAGGUGUCAGAAUGUAUUUGUGUUCCUAUGAGCAUAAUAUGAGGACGUGGGGAGACUGGCCCACCAUGACCACCUGCCCACCAUGACCUCUUCCCAUACUGACCUGUGUUGUCUUCACUGAUGUGCUUUCCUGUUCCAGCAGAGGCAGGGUUGGACCAUCUUUAUUUCAUGUUGGGCUAAGUACUAAUGAAUUACUUCCCUAUUGAAUGAGAAUCCAGAUAUGAAUUUGUGUUUCCUAAUUUUUGGCAUGUGGGGCUGAUGAGGUAAUAAAAAGGGAGAUUUGUAAAGUUGACACAGCAAAUAAAUGGAAGCACUGAGAAUCUUCCAGAAUCAG